GGACGCUGGUGCUGCGCGGGCCUUCCGCGGCUUCCCGAGAGGCCUAGGAGGUCGAAGUCGGGCGCGGCAGAGCGCAGGAGCUUCCGCGGGGUUUGGCACAAGGAGGGUGCGCGCUCCUGAUCGCGGAUUCUGGGGAUUCCAGCGAAGGCUGACAGGUGCUGGCCUAUUCUGGACUCUAUUCUUGGCAGUGUUGGUGACUGAGCAGGCUGAAGUCCAGGGGAGUGCCUGCCAGGUCAGUUCUCCUUUGAGAGCCUGGUUCCCUUACGUGCUGCAGACAGAAGCAACAGCCAGACUCAGGCACCCCAGGAAUGCACCAUGCCAAUAGUCGAUAAGCUGAAGGAGGCUCUCAAGCCUGGCCGGAAGGACUCGGCAGAGGAUGGGGACCUGGGCAAGCUGCUGGCGGCCUCGGCCAAGAAGGUCCUUCUGCAGAGAAUUGAGUUUGAGCCGGCCAGCAAGAGCUUCUCCUACCAGCUGGAGUCCUUGAAGAGCAAAUAUGUGCUGUUGAACUCCAGGGCUGAGGGAGCCAGUCGCCACAGGAGCGGGGAUGAGCUGCAGGCCAGGAAACCAGGCACCGAGCGUGUGUCUGUAAGUGGAGGCGACGGAGUUCCUGCCCCACAGAAAGUGCUCUUCCCUGUGGAGCGACUGUCCUUAAGGUGGGAACGCGUUUUCCGAGUUGGCGCGGGGCUGCACAACCUGGGUAACACAUGCUUCCUGAACUCCACCAUCCAGUGCUUGACCUACACACCACCUCUGGCCAACUACCUGCUCUCCAAGGAGCACGCACGGAGCUGUCACCAAGGAAGCUUCUGCAUGCUGUGUGUCAUGCAGAACCACAUGGUCCAGGCCUUUGCCAACAGCGGCAAUGCCAUCAAGCCUGUCUCCUUCAUCAGAGACCUGAAAAAGAUUGCCCGGCACUUCCGAUUUGGGAACCAAGAGGAUGCACACGAAUUCCUUCGGUACACCAUCGAUGCCAUGCAGAAGGCCUGCUUGAAUGGCUACGCUAAGUUGGAUCGGCAGACACAGGCUACUACCCUGGUGCAUCAGAUAUUUGGAGGCUAUCUCAGGUCCCGAGUGAAGUGCUCUGUGUGCAAGAGUGUCUCAGACACAUACGAUCCCUACUUGGACAUAGCACUGGAGAUUCGGCAAGCUGCAAAUAUUGUGCGCGCUCUGGAACUUUUUGUGAAGUCAGAUGUCCUGAGUGGAGAGAACGCCUAUAUGUGUGCCAAGUGUAAGAAGAAGGUGCCAGCCAGCAAACGCUUCACCAUCCAUAGAACAUCCAAUGUCCUGACUCUGUCCCUUAAGCGCUUUGCCAACUUUAGUGGGGGGAAAAUCACCAAGGAUGUUGGCUAUCCAGAGUUCCUGAACAUCCGUCCAUACAUGUCGCAGAGCAGCGGUGACCCUGUCAUGUAUGGGCUCUAUGCUGUCCUGGUGCACUCGGGAUACAGCUGCCACGCUGGGCACUACUACUGCUAUGUGAAGGCCAGCAAUGGACAGUGGUACCAGAUGAACGACUCCUUGGUCCAUUCCAGCAAUGUCAAGGUCGUUCUGAACCAACAGGCCUACGUGCUCUUCUAUCUGCGGAUUCCAAGCUCUAAAAAAAGUCCUGAGGGCCCUGUCUCCAGGGUAGGCACCACUCUUCCCAGCCGUCCCAAGGUCAUUCCAGAUCACCCCAAGAAGAGCCCUGGCAAUGGGGUCGUGUCCUCCCCACUGAUGGCAAAGCGACAAGACUCUGUAAUGAUGAGAAAGCUGCAGGCCCCUGAGGACGUUGGCAUGCCUGUGUCCAGAAAUGGCUCUGUUCCUGGUCUGAAGUUACAGAAUGGAUGUGCUCCUGCAAAGACACCUGCCGGGUCCCCUUCCCCAAGACUCACUCCAACACCCACACACCUGCCCACCCUUCUGGAUGAGCCUGGAAAGGUGAAGAAGUCAGUCCCACCACAGUCUCUCACCUCGUCUCCAGCCACUUCUCAGGGCUCUCCUGGGACCGGUGAAUCCAGGAGCCAGCGGCCUGGCUCCUGGGCAAGCAGAGACACCAUCUUCUCUACCUCACCAAAGCUCCUGGCCAAAGCCAUUACUAACGGGCACAGGCUGAAGGGGGACAGCAAUGGUGUGGACCUGGAGAAAGGGGAUUCAAGCAGCUCAAGCCCCGAGCACUCUGCCAGCAGUGACCCUGCCACAGCCCCUCAGACCUCAGAGGGCAGAGCUACACACAUCUGUGAUUCUCAGGGAACAAACUGUCCCGCCACUGGCCAUCCCAAAGCGCUGUUGAAUGGAGUAGAUGCCAAGAUGGUGAAGUUGAAGUCCCCUGCCCUGAGCAGCACCACCACCGAGCCCACAAGCCUCAUGUCUCCUCCACCAGCCAAAAAACUGGCCCUGUCGGCCAAGAAGGCCAGCACCCUGCGGAGGGCGACCGGCAAUGACAUCCGUUCACCUUCCCCCUCAGCGUUCUGCGACCUCACCUCCCCCAUGAAAGCCACCCACCCCGUCGUUGCCUCCACUGGGCCUGUCAAUAAAACCAGGGCUGCUGCACCUACUCCCCGACCGUCCACCCACCCCCACUCUGCAUCACUGUCCAGUAGUAGCGCCAAGCCCUUAGGGACAUCAGAGCCACAGAGCUGCUGCCCCUCCGCCUGGAUGCCCCUGCCUCAGGUCAAUGGACACUUCACGUCCCACUUAUACCAACUGCCAGCGGCCAGCGAGGCCCUACACAGCCCCUCCAGAAAGAGAAAAAAGACCCCUAAUGGAGAUCCCCAGAGACUGGGCAUAGACACCCUCCUCCCACAGUGCCUCAGGGGAGCACCUGCCACAGCACGCAGGAAGAGAAAAAAGAAGUGCCUGGAGCAGGUGGGUGCCACAGCUCCCCAGCAGGAGAGCCAGCCUCAGGACCAGCCUUGGAGUCCCAGCGGUGGGGAGGAAGAGGGUACGCAGCCCCAGGUAAAUGGCCAUCAAGUGAGUCACAUCCUGGACAGUAACCAUGCGAGCAGCAGGAAAAGGAGGAAGAGGAAAAGAUCAGAAGGACUCAGCCAAGAAGCCACCCUGUCCCAGGACCUACUUCAGCAUAGCUGCUCCCCUGCAGACCACAGUGAGCCUGAGGCCAGGACAGAGUUGCAGAAGAAGAAGAAGAAAAGACGAAAAAGAAGGCCUGAGCCACAGCAGGAAGAAGAGAGCGAGCGAAAAAGAAGGCCUGAAUCUCAGCAGGAAAAAGAGAGCGAGCACCCAGAGUACCAGAGGAGCCCAAUGCUCAGUGUCACCCCAGUCUCUGAGUUGAGUGUGAAUGACCAUCUUCCUAGUGACCGCCUGGGGCUGGGACAAGCACCUCUCGUUACCUGGAACAGAGAUCAAGAACCCGAUGUGGUCCAGGAGUUGCUUCAGGACUCAUCUGAUAAGGCUUAUGGGAAAAAAGUUCUGACCUGGGAUGGGGAGCCUUCAGCCGUCAGUCAGGAUGCCAUCAAAGACAGCAGAUUGGCCCGGACCCAGACGGUGGUUGAUGACUGGGAUGAAGAAUUUGAUCGAGGGAAGGAAAAGAAAAUUAAAAAGUUCAAAAGAGAAAAGAAGAGAAACUUCAAUGCCUUCCAGAAGCUUCAAAGUAGACGCAACUUUUGGUCUGUGACUCAUCCUGCAAAGGUCACCAGCCUCAGCUAUCGCCGCUGAGUUUGCAUCGGUCGAUCGAGGUAGACCAGUGCCUGUGCCACAGCAUUCAGAGCUGUCACAUCACAUCCUUGGAACUGUCUACUUGGAUCUGAGAAGCAGCCUUGUGCAGUCUCCACUACACUGAGCCUACCAUGGUGGAGACUCCUGGUCGCACUGUUCACAGAUGACCCAGUGUAGAUGCUCACAGGUGAUUUCAUGUUGAACCUCACAAGAGAAAACCUGGGCUGUGGUGUCGUGCUGACAGAAACCUUAGAGACCUCUGGAAAGGUUGAGCAUCUUCCUCAUAGGCCCUGGGAUCUAGGUAGGAAAACUGUCCCUGGUCUGGGUCUGUCAGACAAGGAACUGAGGCCAGCAUCUCCCAGCAUGUUCUUCACGCAGAAUGGUGACAUUUGGUGGUGCCUUUUCUGGUGAGCCCUCCUUUGCUCUCUGAAGCUGGAGCUGUCCCGUGGCUCUCCUCUCAGAGGGACCUCUGUAUGACUGACUGUCGGCUACAGCAAGAACAAGCCCUGCUGACUGCACUGCCCCCACCCGCAAAGUGCAUCUCCUUGAAAGAACGCCACACCUUCUAGAAAGCUGCAGCUGCUGGGCAUGGGAGAACCUUGAAAUACGUGCCAGCUCCUCUGCUUCUAAGGCUGCCAGCCCUCCAAGGAGACUGUCAAGCUCCUACAUCUGCCAUAACCUGUGGGUUUCUGUCAAGGUGGUGGUCUUUGGAGAUGAAUUCUCCAUUAUUUUACUACUUACGAUAAAGCCUUUAUUUUUGACCAGG